CAGACGUCCAGACGUCGACAGUCCACUCAGCGCUACCGUGGUCAGGCUCCCCCGCUGCUACGGCCAGCACCCUCCAAUCAUUUUCCAGCACGAUGUCUUUUAAGGCCGUUCUGUAUGCCUACAUUCUCGGUGGCUUUACAUUCAUUCCUCUCGUCAUGGUGCUUAUGGCAUGGUUUGCCUGGCAUACGGCGGUCCCUGUUCAGGAAGUACAAGCGAAGAACGCCAAAGAGAAGGUCAUUGAAGGCGAAAACGAACCGCAGGAAGAUCUUAAACAACAGUCGGUAUCAUCGGAUGUGAACGACAUACCAAAGACACGCAAGGGUUGGCUCACAGUUCGGCGAACGUUCGAAGAGCCGGCCUUUGACGGUGGAUAUGUCAAUCUCAUGCGCUCUUUCUUGGAUGCCCGUUCGAAGGAUCCCAAACGUUCGCGACCCAAAGAUAUGUGGUUUGUUGCAUUGAAAGGGAGGAUUUUAUAUCUAUACGAAGACGAAGGUAUGACGGACUGUGAGGCUGUGAUUCAACUGGGUAGUCAUGAUGUGGUCAUUUACCCGGAGGAUUUAUUGGACGGAGAGCUGUUCACAAGGAGAAACGCUAUCUGUUUGAAGCCGAAGUCUAAAUCUAAGGAGGAGACGGCCAUGCCUAGUCUUUCUAGGGAGAUGAAGAUGGGAGAUACAGAAGCUAAUGCUGCUGCCAAUGUAGAGAAGAUCACCAUACCAAACCCUCAUCUCAACUCGAGAAAACGAGGGGAGGAGAAUGAGAGGAGGAUUGAGCUGGAGAAGGAUAAAAUUGUCGCAGCGAGAGAGGAAGCACUGGAACCCAGCACCCCAUGGUUUAUAUUCGUCCGAUCACCCUACGAGAUGGAGGAUUGGUACCUGGCGAUGAUACAUGCCUCAGAUAAUCCUCCUCAAGAACCCCUCUUAUCGCCCCUCCAACCAGUCUUCUUACCCUCGGACAUGGAUAUACUCGUGUCAAAGUUGGACGAGCAACCCGACGUCAUUCCCAUGCGAUGGUUCAACGCGCUCUUCGGACGCAUACUCCUCAGCUUUUAUCGAACGCAACACCUCGAGUCUUUCAUCAUUGGUCGACUUAUGAAGAAAAUAUCGAAAGUGAAAAGGCCGGCCUUCCUUCCGUCAAUCGUUGUCACAGAAGUCUCGGUGGGCAAUCGAACUCCUUUGUUCAGCAAGCCCAUGCUGAAGGAGUUGACCAAGGAAGGAGAUGCAUCAAUAGAGGUGCAUUUGCAGUACAAAGGGGAGGUUCGGAUUACUAUCGAAGCCACUGCACUCCUUACUCUACCUGGAUGGGGAGGCCAGUAUACGGUUAAGAUCGCCCUGGCCGCUAUCCUGAAGGAAAUAGAGGGUAAUAUGUUGAUCAAGGUCAAACGUCCGCCAAGCAAUAGGAUUUGGUACGCGUUCACGCAGACGCCAAAAAUUGUUUUGGAGGUAGAGCCUAUUGUCAGUGACAGGCAGAUUACGUGGGGGAUGAUCUUGUCCACGAUCGAAUCCAAAAUAAAGGAGAUUAUACAAGAAUCCGUGGUGUUGCCCAAUAUGGAUGACAUAUCUUACUUCGAAAGCGCGGGGUACGAACACCGAGGUGGAAUCUGGGCUGAUGCAGCUCGAAAUCUCAGAGCCACGCCCCAACCUGGCACAUCUCAAGAGCCUAUGAAUCAGACUGGUUUGCAGGCGGAAACCACACCUGAGGUAAACGUUGUGUCGGAGCCCGGAGAGGUGGCUCCUCACCUCUCGAAAUCUCCUACCACUGCAUCCACUUCCUCCGAGCCUGUAACCAUCAAUGUCUCGUCUUCCGAAGACUCCAACGGGAAAAAUAGACGGAAAACUUGGUUUUCUAGUGCGAGAGGAUUGGAUGUAAACGCUCUCGGGGAUCCGUCGGAAGGUGCUGAGGAUGAUCGUGGUAGCAUGUCUUCGAAGAUGGAAGAGAUGUUACCUCCUAGGCCACAUUCUGCUCCUCAACGAGCAGAGUUGAGUGACGUCUUUGGCUCUGACGACCAGCAGCAAGAAUCAAGCGACGGAGGAUCUUUAGCCUCACACAAACAGAGGCCCGACCCUCCAUCCGCUCAGAAUGAGAAGAACGAUACAGAGUCAUUAUCCUCGUCUGUCAACUCCACAUCUAGCAGAAACCUCGACAACGGUCCCAAGCCUCUUACCCCCUCCAGUCCAUCCUCAUUCCUCACCGCUUUCAAAGCUAAAGCUGCUGAUAAGCAAGCACUAAGUAAUUCUGCCAAGGAAGCAAUGAAAAAGUGGGGAAUGAAUUGGGGAAGUCUGAGGAAGGACACGCCCUCUUCUUCCGGCAGCGGUCAGACUGAUGACUUGGCCGACCAUGACUCGAUGGGUAUCGGGGUGUCCAGAACACGGACGACUAGCACUACCGGGAAUACGAGCGACAGUGGAGCACAGAAAUCGAGGGCGAGCUACGCAGAUGUUAGGGCUGCUGUCGCUGAAAGGAGAGGGAGACAAGAAGGAUCUAGCGGUAGCCAAGCGGACGUGGAGGAUGAUACUUAUCUUACUACAGCGAAUACACGAACGCGUUCGACGAUGUCUCGGUCGCCUGGUCCUUCACGGAACUCGGCAGGGACAGGUCUCAAUGAAGACAACUCGAUCUCAUCUGCACCUCCUGCCCUCACCACCCUACCGAGACGGUUAUCCUCGGCAUCGUCAGCUGGGCAACGACACAUGAGUACUGUGGACAGAGAAGAUCAUCUUCAAGCAGUGCCAAUAUCACGGUCUUCAACUCAGAAUAGUCAGCACAAGGACAUAGGGACCGGACCGCCGCCUAUAUACUCUGUACAACCACAAGCAAGGACAAUGUCCAUUCCGGGUAUACACUCGAGCCAUAGAGGAGAAGUGAUGUCCAUGGGUUACGUUGCGCCUCCCCAACAUCCCCCAACAUUGACAGCGUCCUCAUCGCCCGAAAGCAAAAGCAAAGUGUUGAGCUCCUUAGGCGGAUCGGCCGGGAUACAGAGUGUAUAUAAGCUAUUCGGUAAAAAUCAAGGGCCUCAACAGUCACAGAAGGAGAUGGAAGAUGCGAUGGAACUACCUCCGCCUACACGUGGUACAGAUGCACAAGGUGGAGGUAACAACGACCAGUUGGAUUCUCCAUCAGUGACGCCCACACCGAGCACCACGGCUACCAUUGCGCUUCCCGCUACCCCACUGCGGAAGAAGACUCCACCGCCCCUCCCACCCCGCUCUUCUCCAUCUUUACCUAUCACUAGUUCAAGUACUGUUAGCCGUUCACCACCCCCUCCGUUGCCUCCACGAAAUCGUAUGGCUCACCGUUCGUCGUCUGAACUGUCGACCGCGACUGUUUCCAUCUCCGCUGAUACAAAUGUGGGCUCCUUAAUGACAACACCGAUACCUUCGUCGUCGACCUCGGACGAGCAACCGUCGGCGGCGUCGGAGAAGUUGAAGUCGAUUGCGAAGAGGGCGUCGUUAACUGGUCCAAAAGAGAAGGAGAGAGAAGAUUUGUUGACACCGCCAUCUGCAUCUGUAGAGGUGUCGGGGUAACGGUUUGAUCGUUUUUGUUUACAUUCCACACACAUCUUGAAGGAGAGUGUUUCAUUGAUUUGUUUGCCAUGCUAUACUCACUCGGGCACCACCACUGUAACAUUGCAUUUGUAUUUUAUGACAUAUCGUGAUUGUUUUCCCUAGAUGAAUUGAUGCAGAAAGGUAAGAAGGUAUAUCCGAGUUUUACGGGUGAGUAGGUUGUAGGCGAUUGUGGGUCCAAAAUCGACACUGACUCACGAGAUAUCCUUCAAACUCACCACCCUGGUCGGUACUUGCCAUUCUGAGAGCAUAUUUACUGAGCCCCUUCCCGGCCGUCGAGCUCCAAAGCGGGGAUGCCAAUAGAAGAAUCGCUCGCCUUCGCCUGUCAAUCUGC